CUCUUUGAAGGCAAGGCUACUCAGAGAAAGACAGAAGACCUUUCCAAAGAGUAUCUUUUUUCAGGCUCUUUCUUUGCCAAAUUCCUUGUUUCUUAUCCACUCUUCUACUCACACAGCGGAUAUCCCAACCUUUAUUCUCAAUUUUCUUCAGAAUAUUCCAGUUACCUAUUUGGAACGAAGAACUUAUUUAGCUUCCAAAUUCUGUUCCGCUAAUCUGCUUGGCGAAAGAGGGAAAGAACAUGGCAGGACAACUGCCAGAGAAUCCUUCUUAUCCAGAACUUGCAAGAGUUGCAUCUAGCAUGCACAUUCAAGAAAAAUCUCAGUCUUUGACCCAACGAUGGUACUUCACUAAAGAAGAAAUAGAGGAUCACUCUCCGUCAAGGAAGGAUGGGAUCGAUUAUGAAAAAGAGUCACAUCUAAGGAAGUUGUACUGCUCUUUCCUGCAAGAGCUUGGCAUAGAGCUGAAAGUGCCUCAAGUGACCAUAGCUACUGCAAUUAUGUUGUGCCAUCGCUUUUACAUGCGCCAAUCUCAUGCAAAGAACCAUUGGCAGAUUGUCGCGACGGUGAGCAUGUUCCUUGCCUGCAAAGCUGAAGAAACACCACGCUGGCUGAGUGAUUUUGUUGUUGUUUCCUACAAGUUAGUUUAUAAAUGGGAUCCAUCAGCUCCACUGAGGAUCAGACAAAAGGAUAUCUAUGAUAAGGAAAAGGAGUCGAUUGUAGCUGGUGAGAGAAUGCUGCUUGCGACAGUUGCAUUUGAUCUUAACAUCGAACAUCCUUACAAGGCACUUGUUGCAGCUAUGAAGAGGUUGGAAAUCUCUAACAAGGAGAUGGUCAAAGUAGCUUGGAAUUUUGUGAAUGAUUGGCUUCGUACAACACUGUGCUUGCAAUAUAAGCCCCAUUAUAUCGCUGCUGGUUCCAUGUUCCUUGCUGCUAAACUUCUGAAAGUGAAAUUGCCUACUGGAAAAGGGAAUCCCUGGUGGAUGCAAUUUGACGUUGCACCGAAGCAGUUAGAAGAGGUUAUUCAAAAGAUGCUUCAGUUGCUGGAGCAGAAUCAGAAACAAGUAACACCAUCCCUGUCUGGCAGGUCGACUGAAUUAAAACCUGUUGCUGGAAAGGCAACAUCAAGCAGCACAGAGUCUUGUAUCUCAAGCGUGUCAGUUGUUGCACAAGAUUCCAGGAAUAUGGAAUUGGUGGAGGUCAGAGGGUCGUCUACCUCCGUGACAUCCAAAUGCAGUGAAAAAGAAUCCUGCAACAUCCUCAAUACUGUCAAGGAGACAGAGAGUGAGUGUGGUAGUGCAAAUAGUGCAGUUGAGGAUGGUGUUUGUCAGCCAAUUAAGGAUGACGCCAAAGAAGUAGUUUGCCAGACCGUCUCUGCUGGUGACCACAAUGGAAGUAUUGAUAUUGAUCGAAUCAAGGAGAGAUUAAAGAGGAGGAAAUUGGAAAAGAAUUCACUGAAGAAAUUAGCCAAGGAUGACGAGAUUGAUAGUGAGGCUUGGAUUGAGAGAGAGCUGGAAAACUUGGGAUAGUGCCACUUUCUGCUAAUGCAUUGGAUGAAUAGGUUCUAUGGAAGUACAAGCAGAAAAGCAAAAAAGACACACUUAACUGAAGAUGCAUUUGAAGUAGCAAGGUGCUGAAAAUGCAGGUGUGAAACUUUUCAGCUAAGAAGUUUGAUAUUCAGAAAGUGUUGUCCAGUUAUGGUAACAUAUUUCUGCAUCUGGUUCAAUCUUAUUUAGCAGAUAAUAGACUCAAGAUACGGGGUCUACUGCGCAUAAUGUUGGCUUUUCAUGCCUUGAUGUUUUUAUAUUAAGGGUAUGAUUUUGUGCAUAUACAUGCAGUCCAUUUAUAUUAAGGGUAUGAUUUUGUGCAUAUACAUGCAGUCCAUUUAUGCUAAGAUAAAAAACUUUAUCAGCACAGUAAUAACAAAAUUUAACUGUUGAAAGAUGGGAUGCCCGAGAGAGAGAGAUGGUAAAAUGUAUGUGGAUUAUCCAAAUGUUUAUUGAGCUUGGGUUCGAUAAGGUCGAUUUCCGACAGGACUUUUUGAAUAGGAACUAGAAGAGAAGUCUCUUUAAUACAGGGAGGGUCUGUUUUAUUAACUGGGAAUUUCCCGAGGCUAAGUGGCGGGAGGGUCGCAUGAUACGGAUCCUCUAACGUAGAAAGAAAGAGAACAGCAAAGGAUAUCAGUUGGGAAGGCAUUGUCUAGGAACAUAGGCUGAAAACAUGGCGAUUUGGGUCCUUUGAUAAAUUCACUUUUGCAGCUGGUUUUUAUUACUACUAUUGUUUAUAGCUGAAGGAGUAAGAGGUCAAUUAUUUCUUCUUUGUUUUCUUAGUACCCCCUGUAACAAGGAAGCACUUCAGUAGUCAAGUACUCAGAAAUUGUCAAGAUGUACUUUGCUUCGUUAUGAACAAUUUUGCUCGAUUAAUAGUAGGCGACUUGGAUUGGAUGUCA